CGGUUCCUCUUCCAUCCAGUUCUCUUUAGUGUUUGCCAAUGUUGGAGGUGUAACUGGGGUCUGGCCCUGGAUAAAGGAAUAGAGCAUGGCUCAAGUGAAAGUACAGACCUCAGCGCCCCUGGCUGGUCCUGGCCUCUCCCCUGGAGUCCCCCCAACGGCCAUGGCCAGUCAAGGAUCCCUGGGUCUGCAGCCCUCUGUCAAUGGCACAGGCCCGACCCCCACACCCGCCUGCCCUGCUCCUGCAGUCGGAUAUGGGGACGCCCCUGUGUCUGCCACAUCGCCAGGCCCGCCCCAGGAGAACAUGGCAAACCCUAAAGAGAAAACUCCAAUGUGUUUGGUGAAUGAGUUAGCCCGUUUCAACAGGAUCCAACCACAGUACAAGCUCCUCAAUGAGAGAGGCCCUGCACACGCUAAGAUCUUCACAGUGCAGCUGACUCUUGGGGAGCAGGUGUGGGAGGCAGAGGGCACCAGCAUUAAAAAGGCCCAACACUCAACAGCUGCCAAAGCACUAGCUGAGAGUGUCCUUCCCAGGCCAGCGCCCCGCUCCCCUAAAGCUGAUGUCAACAGUAACCCAGGCAGUAUAACACCCACAGUGGAGCUGAAUGGUCUGGCUAUGAAGAGAGGGGAACCGGCUAUCUACAGGCCUUUGGAUCCCAAGCCAAUGCCCAACUACAGAGCUAAUUACAACUUCAGAGGGAUGUUUAACCAAAGGUACCAUUAUCCUGUUCCUAAGAUCUUCUAUGUGCAGCUGUCUGUAGGGAGUCAUGAGUUUAUUGGUGAGGGACGCACUCGCCAAGCAGCCAGACACAACGCUGCCAUGAAGGCCCUGCAAGCCCUGCGCAAUGAGCCCAUCCCUGAACGGCCACCACAGAAUCCAGAGGAAAAGGGGGAGACUGAGGAAGGCGCUGAUGCCAGUAAAUCAGAGAUCAGCCUGGUCUAUGAAAUCGCCCUCAAGAGGAACUUGUCUGUUAAUUUUGAGGUGUUGAAGGAGAGUGGUCCCCCACACAUGAAAAGCUUCCUGACCCGUGUCACUGUGGGGGAGUUCUCCGCUGAAGGCGAGGGCAACAGUAAGAAGCUGUCAAAGAAGCGCGCCGCUCUGUCCAUCCUGCAGGACCUGAAAAAGCUUCCCUCCAUACCCACUGUGGAAAAACCCAAGACGCACUACAAGAAACGAACCAAGACCAUCCUCAAGACAGGACCAGACUAUGGACAGGGCAUGAACCCAAUCAGCCGUCUAGCCCAGAUCCAGCAGGCCAAAAAGGAGAAGGAGCCCGAGUACCUGCUACUCUCAGAGAGAGGGAUGCCCCGACGUCGGGAGUUCAUCAUGCAGGUGAAGGUGAAUAAUGAGGUUGCCACGGGAACAGGGCCCAACAAGAAGGUGGCGAAGCGGAAUGCAGCUGAGGCUAUGCUGCUACAGCUGGGAUACAAGGCCUCCACGGUGCCUCAGAACCCCGCUGAGAUGGACAACAAAGGCUGGAAUGGACAAAAGGCGUCUUUUACCGAAGCGACAAGCAACACCCAGAAGGGUCUGCUCCACCUAAGCCCAGAUGUCUAUCAGGAGAUGGAGGCCAGUAGAAAGCAGGGUGGUAGUGCUCCAGGCCCCGGGAGCACCAGUGGCAGCUCGGUAAACUACAUGCCAUCCAAAGACAUGGGGCCCUGCUCUGCCCCGCUACCCCCAGGACACCCUCCUUAUUACAGUGGCUCAUCUUCAUCACCCAGCCCAACUGCUACCAUGGCCCGGGAGCUGCUGCUGAACGGUCAGUCACCCACAGCUGAAGCCUCACUGCCCAUGAAGGGAAAGAACUUGGCCUGUGGUGUCUCGGUGCAGCCAGCACAGCAGCUGGACUAUCUGGCACGCAUUCAGGGCUUCCAGGUGCAGUACAGUGAUGCGCAGAGUGGUAAGGAUUUUGUGACCUAUCUGACUCUCUCCCCUGUGCAAAUGACUUUCCACGGCACUGGGAGCACCCUCCAAGCCAGCCAUGACCAGGCUGCUCUAAGUGCCUUGAAACAGCUGUCGGAGCAGGGACUGGACCCAGUGGAUGGCCCCAUCAAGACCACUGAACCAUGUGGGAGGGAGGACGGACAUUAAACAGACUAACUCAGGCACCACCACUCAGGUCUGCAAGGAUUCAAAGGCUGUCGUCUAGGAGCUGACAACCCCCCAAACCUCUCCUUCAACAUGCGCCCACCCUCCCGCCCUAAAUCCCACAUAACCUACAACCCGCAUUUCCCCCCGAACCACUACCUGCAGCCCCCUUCCUACCCUCUCUACCCCUCACGAUUGCCACUGUAUCCUGCAAAACCUGUCAACAUGCAAUAGGGUGGAUGUGCACCGAGAAAUGACCGACUAAAACACCAUUACCUGAGUCUAUGUGAAGACAACGCUAUCUUAACACAUUUAUUGAUGAUUUCAGUCAAAAUUUAGAGGACGACAUAAAUACAAUACAAAACAAGCUAAUGAUAAAUGCAUGGUACUGUGUAAAAUCAAGGGAAAUCCAAAGCGAUACCCUGCAUAGACAAUUUUCCCUCUGGAUAAAUGUUGGUAUGGUUAAAACAAAUAAUGUACAUCAUGCCAUUGAAAUACAAAAGAAACAUUUUAGGGGAGAAAAACAACUUCCGUACAGUAGCUUUUUUUUUUUUUUUUUUUUAUUCGGGGGUAUUAUGUUUCCUUUUUGUUUCUUUUUUAUUUUAUUUUAUUUUAUCAAUCUAACAAUGCUUGAGUACUGUAUUUAAAAUUAACCAAUGCCAGUGCUGUGAAAGUUGUAGUUGUUGUCUUCAUAUAUAGUCACCCAGCUUACCUUGUAUGCUGACAUUUAAAAAAAAAAAAAAAAAAAAAGAGUUCAUCUAUCUAUAUGGAUG